ACGUGUUUUUUGUUUUUAGUUUACAGUUUAUUAUUCAUAUCUUUCAGUGAACAUAACUCCCUCAAAAAUGCGUCCAGUGGAGGACAAAUUUGAUGUUAAGCGACUGUGGAGUUUCAGGGCGAAAGACAGAUUCAAUACUUUAGUGGUUGACACAAUAUUCAGGUACCCAGGACUCAGUGUCAUCCUCGGGGGUGAAGAUGGCAUCAUCAGAAUUCAUGCACAACCCCCAACUGGAAUCCAUGACAAACAACCGCAAAAACCUAAGGGUACCUUAGAGACAAAAAGUGGACCUGUGCAGAAUUUAGUUGUCCAUGAUGUGACAAGGUUUUACCACAAAGACCUGAUUGUUGGAGACGCUACAGGCAGGCUAACUGUGUUCUGUGACAGUCAGAUCUUGUCUCGCCAAACCAUUUCCAGUCAUGGCAUCAACUGUGUACAGGUUCUACAAGACCCAAUUGGAAAUGUGUCUAUAGUGAGUAGUGACAGCAGUGGUGUGAUAGCAGCUCAUCUGCCUUCAGCUGAACUCUGGAGAAUCAACCUUAAUGAUCAACACAUAGCCAGAGAUCCUGGCUUAUCACUCAGUGUCAAAUGCCUGCUGGCGGUAGAGGUCACAAGUCACCAAGGCCAAAGGUCAAGUUAUAUCCUAGCAAGUGACAAUGCCCGUCAAGUUCAGGUCAUCAACCAGGGCGUGGUCGUCCUCACCAUCAAAACCCCAGAAACCAUCACAGCCAUGUGUAGUGGCACCUUCCUCCCGCGGGCAAAGCUAAGCCUGCCCCCUGACAAGGGGGAUUACUCUGAAGACAAGCCUGUCACACAAAUAGCCCUGGGAGCAUCUAAUGGAGCCAUCUAUAUCUUACAUGAUUUCACACUGUCCCAGGACGAAUAUGCCAACACAGGAUUACCCAUAAUGCACCUGUCUGGUCUCAGCAUCCCAGAUAUCCAGUCAGAUUUGCUGUUAUGUGCUGGUCACUUCAACACCUUACAGGUGUUUUAUGAAGGAAAGAAAUCUGGCCAGUAUCAGAUGGUGGAUUGGGUGAACUCUUUACACCUGGUUGACCUGGAUGGUGAUGGUACUCAGGAGGUGGUGUUAGGUUGCCUGGAUAACUCUGUCUCUGCCCUCAAGAUCUCAGCUACAUGAUCUCCCAAUUUUAUAGGCAACAAGACAUUUCACACUAAGGCAAGACGUCUUCGGCUACAUGUAUAUCACAACAGCUGUAAGUCGCCAGGACAAUAUACAUUGAAGCAAAAUGUUACCAUCUGCACAUUGCCAGGACAUUUCACAAAGUUUAAAGUUGCCAGGACAUUUCACAAAGUUUAAAGUGGCCAGGACAUUUCCAAAGUUUAAAGUUGCCAGGACAUUUCACAAAGUUUAAAGUGGCCAGGACAUUUCACAAAGUUUAAAGUGGCCAGGACAUUUCACCAGCAAGGUGUCUAGUCCAUGAUAUAUAGGGAAAGAUA